UGGAUAAAAGUAUUAAGUUUAGCUGUGAGUUUUUUUCUUGUGUGGUUUUACAAAUGAAUCGAUAAUUGUUAAUAAAAUUGAGGUGUUCAAAUUUUGGAAAAAUGGAAUAUUUAGUUGAUUCUAGAUUAUUAUUCUUUCAAAAUUGGGUUCCUCGAAAAAAUACUCAAAAUGCCAUUCCGGGUAUGUUACGCCCAAAUAAUCAUCACACUGGGUCAUCUAUAAUGCAGUCCUUACAAUCAUUAGAUGGCCGAUCUUUAUACGCUGUGGGUCCACCACCAGACAUUCCUAGUUCACAAUUACAUUCACUAAAAAUAUCCGAGGAUGAUAUUCAACCUCCCACUCAACCUGGUGGUAGUUUUUUGUUAAUAGAUGGUAGUGAAAAAUUACAAGUAAAUAGUACAACACAACUGCUGAAACUCUUAAAAAUACAAGAUGCUGAUACAAAGAUCAAAGUUGUGUCCAUAUUUGGUAAUACAGGCGAUGGAAAAUCUCAUACCUUAAAUGAAACAUUUUUUGAUGGCAAGGAAGUAUUUGAUACAGGAGUUGAACAAGGUCCACGAACUCGGGGUGUUUGGGCCGCUUGGGACACAGUUAAUAAAGCUUUGGUACUUGAUACUGAAGGUUUGAAGGGGGUUCCUGGUGGAAAUCAAAAUUUAUAUGGUAGUGGACGGGAUGAACAACGUACCAGAUUACUAUUAAAGGUUUUAGCUUUAUCAGAUGUGGUUGUUUAUCGUACCAAAUCGGAAUGUAUUAGUCGCGAUUUAUUUACAUUUUUGGGUGCCGCAUCACGUGUUUACACUCAAUAUUUUAGUGCAGUAUUACUUAAAGCAAUUAAUGAGCGUAUAGUGGAUCAAAUUGGUGGUAAUCAUUGUGAUACAUCAGCUCUAGGACCGGCAUUAAUUAUAUUUCAUGAGACUAGAUAUAUGAAAGUAUUGGAAUCUGGUGUAACAGAAAGUGCGGAAGAUACGAUUAGAAAAUUAUUUGCCGAUCUCAAAUUAGAUAUAAAUGCAUUUAGCUCAUUGAGAUACAUUGGUGUACAAAUGGGAACAAAUAAAACAUCACCAGAUACACCAUGGACUGAUCUUCGAGCAGCUGUUCGUAGUGCUUUAGACGAUACAACAGUACGAUCACCACGUACUGCUGAUGUCAUUUUUGAAACUUUACGGUCUUUAAAUGAUACAUUUAGUGGUGAUAUAAACUCAGGUGCUCCAGAAAGCCUAUCACGUGCCAAUAAUUUCCCAGACGAAUAUUUCUCAUGUCGACUAAGCUGUGAAAGUUGUGGUGCACGAUGUGUUCGCUCCAUGGGCCAUGUUCGUGACGGCUUACCACAUGGUGCCGAUGUAAAAAAACAAUGUACAUAUCAACAUCAAUACGAAAAUUGUGUGUAUAUGUGUAAAUCAUGUUCAAAGAAAGGUAUCGAAACAGUUGUAACACCAAAAGCCUCCACAAACGGUGAAACCAACUCAUGGUUAGGUGGUAUAGCACGUUACGCCUGGUCCGGUUACACAAUCGAUUGUCCAAAAUGUGGAGAAAUCUAUCGUAGUAGGCAAUACUGGUAUGGAAAUCAAGCACCAGAAGAUUCAGAUGCUGUUAUAACCAAAGUAAUACAUGUCUGGCCUGGUGUCGAUCGACCCACAAUGAGUAUAAAUGGUAACCAAACUCAAGUUUCGGCUCAACGAGUCAUCGAUGGAGUGUUAUAUAUAUCAGAAGCCGUAGCAAGUGUUAGUGCACCACCUACUCGAGUUGUAUCAUCAUGGUUUGCCGAUCAAAUAGCUCCAAAAUAUUGGCGACCUAAUCAUGAAAUUAAAUACUGCCAUGCAUGCCAUAAAAUAUUUGAAAUCGCUGAUGCAAAACAUCAUUGUCGAUCAUGUGGCGAAGGGUUUUGUGAUACAUGCUCACAGAAACAAAUUCCUGUACCGGAUCGUGGCUGGGAUAUGCCUGUACGUGUUUGUAACGCAUGUUAUGUUAAAUUAAAUAAUUUAAAUGGAAAUACUGGUAAUCGUGCUAGUAUUGAUUUGUUGGAAGAAAUGGAAGCGGAAGUUCGUGCUCGACGAUAUGGGGAAGCUGUUGUUAAUACUUUAUCAUCUGUAGCGUCUGCUGUCAUUGAGUAUCCACGCGAUUUUAUUAAAGAAUCUGCUCGCCCAUCAUACUGGCAACCAGAUUCCGACGCCAUAACAUGUCCAUGUUGUAACGGUAAAUUUGGUACAGCAGAACCAUUACACAAAGGUCGAGUGCAUCAUUGUCGAGCGUGUGGCAAAGCUGUAUGUGGCGAUUGUUCGAAACGUCAGCGAUCCGUUCCUGAACGAGGCUGGACUGAACCUGUUAGGGUCUGUGAUAUUUGUUACAGUAAACGAAGCGAUUAAAUAAAUUAUUUUUCACAUAA